CUUCAAGGUGGCGGCGCCCACUGGUUCCAUGAGCGAUCUGGAGAGUAGCAGCUGCAGCAGCGAUGCGGAGGAGCUGGAGCGGUGCCGCGAGGCGGCGAUGCCGGCCUGGGGCUUGGAGCAGCGCCCGAGGGGCCCGGAGAAGCCAAGAGUCGGUGCUGCAAAUACUCAGUUGCCAACCACCCAGCCGAGCCUCAGACACAAUGUGGAUGAGCACGAACAAGACGGCAACGAGCUGCAGACCACCCCUGAAUUCCGAGCACACGUAGCUAAGAUGCUGGGAGCCCUGCUGGACAGCUCCAUUACCAUCUCAGAAGCAGUGAGGGAGCCAAGAAAGGCUGAGGUACCGAGAGGCGUCCUGGAGGAUGAUGGCUUCCGCCUUUUCUUCACGUCCAUCCCUGGAGGCCCUGAGAAGGAAGCUGCUCCCCAGCCCUGCCGGAAACGGUUGCCUUCCAGCUCCAGCAGCGAGGACGGCGACGAGGAGUUGCAGCGCUGCCGGGAGGCAGCUGUGUCAGCCUCUGACAUCGUCCAGGAGUCCGCCAUCCACGGCCCUGGCAACGUGGAGAAAAAGGCAAAGAAGAAGAAAAGGAAGUGGAAAAAGAAAGCCAAGGAGGACAGCACCAACCUUGCCCCCGCGGCCACCACCGCAAGCAAGGCCGCAUCUGGGGAGCAGGGAAAGGAGUCCGCCGGGCUCAACAGAGACCAGGCGCCGUUUGGGACCAAAAAGAAGAAAAGGAAGAAGAAGGCAAAGAGGGCCAGUGAGACCUCCCCAUCCCCACCAGCAAAGAGCGCAGCAGCCGUGCCUGCAAACUGAGCCCCACCUGUGAGCAUGGGGCCCAGCUCAGGCAGCUACGGGGGACAAGGCAUGUCCAGGCCCCGCCUCCCUCUCCAAGUGCAAGGACUUGGCUAGCAAGUCUAGACUUCGCCCAUGACUGGGGCUGGCCCAAGGGUCGGGGCAAAGAAGCGGUUGUAGGGUGAGCAAGGCCUGCCCUUCUGUGCUCCCACUGGGGCUGGGGCAGACCCGUGGUACCAGAACAUUCUGUGGUCUCAGGAAGAAGGAGGGGCCUCCCAGUUACUGAAGGCCGAUGACCAAGUGGUAGAGCUUCCGCCGCCUCAGCCUGGUGUGGGAGGCGACCUGAAGAAAACGAGGGAGGGCGUCCCCGAGAUGCCAAGCCCCAGGAGGAGUUUUGUGCGUCUCCCUCCAAGCCACACAGACCUGAUACAACAUUGUCUGGAAAAGGAGAGAGAUCCCUGCCUCCACCUGGUUUUCCAGAAUUUUCUUUCUUCACAUUGUGAAUACACCAUGCAUGAUCAUGUCUCUGAGCCAACCAGAUAAUUGAAAAUAAAUUGUCGAGGGACCCAGAAUGUAACAGAGGGAUUUGGGUGCUGCCCUCGUGUCCGUGCUGAACCGUGAUGAGCCACUGUAAGUAAGCAUCACACAGGAGGGGUCCUGCCUACACCCCCAGAAGUGUUCCCCUACCCCAGCGUCAAGACUUCAGGAAGUGUCACAGCACUCAUGGCCUGGGGGAUUCAUGGACCCAUGUAUCCUGCAAGAAGGAGCAGAAGUUCAAGGUGAAGGUGAAGUGCUGGCUUCGUUGCCUGGCUUUGGAGAUUUGGCAAAGCAAGGAAGGCAGAGGUGGGAUGUGAGAGUGUGUGUGCCGGCCCCAUCCCUCCUUGGGCUCCUGGUCCCCUUCCACCGCCCUCUGCCUGCCCAAUCCCAUCUGGGCGAUGUGUGGACAAGCAAGAUGUUUCAACAUGUUCCUCAUUUACUUUACUAAAAGUUAAAUAAAUGUACAGGCUCUCUCUUA